GAGCGAGCGUCAGGCCAGGAUGGAACCCAAACGGAACCAGAGCCAUCGCUGUCACCACGAUGGGGACACUGGGGCCCGGUCUGAGCCGAAUCCAGCUCUGCCCCUUCCGUGACUGUGAUGACAGGUGGCUCGGCCUCUGGGCCGCAUUCCCCGCGUUUCCUUGGCUGGGACCAGGCACCGCCGGCUGUGUGGCUCGGCUGCGUUGGGCACGAAACGGGAUCACGUGCGGGACAACCAAGCGUGGGCCUCGGUGUGUGUCCUCUUGCCGGGCGAGCAGGAACACAGUGAGUGGCUACUUCCUGGCAGGCCGGGACAUGACGUGGUGGCCGAUCGGGGCCUCCCUUUUUGCCAGCAGCGAGGGCUCUGGCCUCUUCAUCGGAUUGGCGGGCUCGGGCGCGGCUGGAGGACUGGCUGUAGCGGGCUUCGAGUGGAAUGCCACGUACGUGUUGCUGGCGCUGGCGUGGGUCUUUGUGCCCAUUUACCUGUCCUCGGAGAUCGUCACUUUGCCCGAGUACAUUCAGAAGCGCUACGGAGGCCAGCGGAUCCGCGUGUACCUGUCUGUCCUGUCCCUGCUGAUGUCUGUCUUCACCAAGAUAUCGCUGGACCUGUAUGCCGGGGCUCUCUUUGUGCACAUCUGCCUGGGCUGGAACUUCUACCUCUCCACCAUCCUCACGCUGGUCAUCACGGCCCUGUACACCAUCGCAGGUACGCUGCCCCUGCCCCACGGGGCUCCGGGGACGGGUGCGGGAGGCAGAGGGCCCCUCCUCCUCCAGGCCCGGGGGGCAGCCUGCACAGUGGCCAGGUGGAGUCGAGCCCGACUGAGGCUCAGCUCACCUGCGUAUAAAGGGCAGGGCCGUGCAUGGGGAACAGCCACCUCGGAGGAGCUCUGCAAGUCCCUUCCUGUGUCUGUCCUCCCUGGGGCCAGGUCCCCUCCAGCAAGCUUGUUUCCACCGGCAGGGGGCCUGGCCGCUGUGAUCUACACGGACGCCCUGCAGACCCUCAUCAUGGUGGUGGGGGCCGUCAUCCUGGCGGUCAGAGCUUUCGAGCACAUCGGUGGCUACGGGCAGCUGGAGGCAGCCUACGCCCAGGCCGUGCCCUCCAGGACCAUCGCCAACACCACCUGCCACCUGCCGAGGGCAGACGCCAUGCACAUGUUCCGGGACGCCCACACAGGGGACCUGCCGUGGCCCGGCAUGACCUUCGGCCUGACCAUCAUGGCCACCUGGUACUGGUGCACUGACCAGGUCAUCGUGCAGCGGUCACUGUCCGCCCGGGACCUGAACCACGCCAGGGGCGGCUCCAUCCUGGCCAGCUACCUCAAGAUGCUCCCCAUGGGCCUGAUCAUCAUGCCAGGCAUGAUCAGCCGGGCGCUGUUCCCAGAUGACGUGGGCUGCGUGGUGCCGUCCGAGUGCCUGCGGGCCUGCGGGGCCGAGGUCGGCUGCUCCAACAUCGCCUACCCCAAGCUGGUCAUGGAGCUGAUGCCCAUAGGUCUGCGCGGGCUGAUGAUCGCCGUGAUGAUGGCCGCGCUCAUGUCCUCGCUGACCUCCAUCUUCAACAGCAGCAGCACGCUGUUCACCAUGGACAUCUGGAGGCGGCUGCGGCCCCGCGCUGGGGAGCGGGAGCUGCUGCUCGUGGGCCGGCUGGUCAUCGUGGUGCUCAUCGGCGUGAGCGUGGCCUGGAUCCCCGUGCUGCAGGGCUCCAACAGCGGGCAGCUCUUCACCUACAUGCAGUCGGUGACCAGCUCCCUGGCGCCGCCCAUCACUGCGGUCUUCAUCCUGGGCAUCUUCUGGCGGCGUGCCAAUGAGCAGGGGGCCUUCUGGGGCCUGAUCGUGGGGCUGGUGGUGGGGGCCACCAGACUGGUCCUGGAAUUCCUGCACCCGGCCCCGCCCUGCGGCGAGCCGGACACGCGGCCGGCCCUCCUGGAGAGCAUCCACUACCUGCACUUCGCCGCCGUCCUCUUUGUGCUCAGCGGGGCGAUCGUGGUGGCCGGAAGCCUGCUGACCCCACCCCCCCAGGGUGCUCAGAUCGAGAACCUUACCUGGUGGACUCUGGCUCAGGACCUGCCCUUGAGAGCCAAAGCAGGUGAUGGCCAAACGCCCCAGAAAUACACGUUCUGGGCCCGUGUCUGUGGCUUCAACGCCGUCCUGCUCAUGUGCGUCAACAUCUUCUUCUACGCCUACUUCGCCUGACGCUGCCACCGCGGGCAGGAAGCAGGAGCCUGAGUCCUCCGGUCCCCCUUUUCCCCAAUGGGGACACUGAGGCCCAGAGAGGUGCAGACUCUCCUCACAGCUGUGCAUGGGUCAGUGCCCCGGGACUGGCCUAGCCAGCAAAGCAGGAGCCCACAAAAAUCAGGGGGAAAUGGGGGAAAAUUGUGAUAUUUCAAAAAUAGCACCAAAAGUGGUCAUAAUUGGAAAGAAAAUUAGAUUUCUGAUGGACAUCCUUAUAUAGGUAUUAUCGUUUUUGUUUUGAAUACAUGGGCCCAGGGAAGGAGCGGCGUGAUUUGCCAGAGCUCAGGGCUCUGCGGGUCUUGGGCCCCCACGUGUCCACAGCACAGGGCCCCCUCCAUCCCACCUGCGCCCAGUGCGGGGGGGGGG